CUGUAAUUGAGUAAAUGUAACUAGUUACUACCCAACUCUGACUGUGAACGAAAUGAUGUCGAAGUUCGCCAAGUUUCUCCUUCGGAACGCUCACGUCGUGAUGCGUUCAAGAAAGUCGAAGACCGCAGCCACUCCGCGGACCGCAGCAGCAGCAGCGGCAGAAACAGCAGCAUCCUCCAUUAAAGUGUCACUGCUCGAGUCCCCGCAUCUCCUUUCCCUUUUCUUGGACAACACCGCUCCCCUUACUAGGAUGUCGGUACGCGGAGGGGGUUUGUUUGGGAGAGCCGAGGCCAGAGGACGCCGCCUCCGCGUAUUUUUUCUGGCGUGACUGGAAGGCAGCGGAGCGACAAUGGAUCUGGUUCCGAGGAGACAAAUCAAAUUCUGAUUUUUCUCCGGGAUUAGCUGGCUAACGCUAGCUCGGCUAGCCACCCCUCUUAGCUCGGUGGCCGUUAUCUCCUGUUCCUCCUCUGACCGCUGUGUUGUUUUUCUCCGUGAUAAAAAAAAAACAAACAAACUCCUUAAUGCUUUUUUUAUUGACGUGAAGACAUGUUGGAGUCAUUCCUGCCAAGGAGAAACCAUCCUAGCGGUUUUCUAGCCGCCCAGCGGCGCCGCUAGUUAGCCGUGAGCAUCAAUAACCUUCAUUUCCCUCUCCCACUCGUUUUUUAAAAUCCUUUUUUAUUUUCCUUCUGGUUUAUCCGUGAAGAUGCUGGCAGAGAUGGAGUGUGUCUGACGGGGAAGCCGCUCCAUGAAGGUCAUGAUACUGAGAGAAUGAUCAUGCUGGAAAAACAGAGCUCGACGCAGGAGAUUGGCGAGGAGGCGGAGGAGGAUGCCAUCUUCACCAUCACCCUGAGGAAGAUGCAGCUCCACCAGUCGGCCAGCAAGGGGCAGCGUUGGCUGGGUGUGGACACGGACUCCGCCCUGAGCCUCUACGAGACGUGCAAGGUGCGGACCAUCAAGGCCGGCACGCUGGAGAGGCUGGUGGAGUACAUGGUGUCGGCCUUCAGGGGCAAAGACUCCACCUACGUCACCAUCUUCCUCUGCACCUACCGAUCCUUCGCCACCACCAAGCAGGUGCUGGAUCUCCUGCUCAACAGAUACGCCAAACUCCAAAACGUUCCUGCAGUUUCUGCACACAGAGUCUCCCAGGACGACUGCACGGAGCUGAGAAACACCGUCUCAUCCAUCCUGGGCGCGUGGUUGGACCAGUACUCCGAGGAUUUCUGGAGCCCUCCGAACUACGAAUGUCUGCACCAACUCCUGGCCUACCUCCACCUCCACUUUCCCGGCUCGGACCUGGAGCGCCGGGCCCGCAACCUGCUGGCCCACUUCCACCGGCGACAGCAGUGUGAGCCCGAUCCCGAUGGGGAACACAUCGGCUGCCCGUUCGCCACGCAGGAAGAGAGCGGUUUUGAGGACGAGCUUCCUGCUUUCAGCUUCCUGUCGUUUGACCCCAUCAUGGUGGCGGAGCAGUUCACGCUCAUGGACGCGGAUCUGUUCAAGAAGGUGGUGCCGUACCACUGCCUGGGUGGCAUUUGGUCUCAGCGGGACAAGAAGGGCAAGGAGCACCUGGCUCCCACCAUCCGAGCCACUGUGGCCCAGUUCAACUCGGUGACCAACUGUGUGAUCACCACCUGCCUGAGCAACCCGGCGCUGAAGCCCAACCAGAGAGCCCGGCUCAUCGAGAGGUGGAUCGAUGUGGCGCGGGAAUGUCGGAUCUUGAAGAACUUCUCCUCUUUGCGAGCGAUCCUCUCUGCUCUGCAGUGCAACUCCAUCCACCGCCUGAAGAGGACCUGGGACGAAGUCGCUCGGGAAAGCGUCCGAACCUUCAGAGAGCUUUCCGAAAUCUUCUCAGACGACAAUAACUAUUCCUUGAGUCGAGAGCUGCUGGUGAAGGAGGGAACCUCAAAGUUUGCAACUUUAGAAAUCAACCCCAAACGAGCUCAGAGGAGACACCAGCAGCAGAGAGACUUGGGAGUCAUGCAGGGGACCAUCCCUUAUUUGGGAACAUUCCUAACGGACCUGGUGAUGAUGGACACUGCCAUGAAGGAUUACACAGAGGGUGGUCUGAUUAACUUUGAGAAGAGGAGAAAGGAGUUUGAGGUUAUUGCUCAGAUCAAACUUCUCCAGUUGGCCUCCAACAACUACAGCUUCACUCAGGAAAGCCACUUCAGAGAGUGGUUCGCAGCCGUGGAGAAACUCAGCGAGGCAGAAAGCUAUAAUCUAUCCUGUGAGAUCGAGCCUCUGUCGGAGUCGGCCAGCAACACCCUCAGAGCCAAGAAGAACGGCGGGAUCAUGAAACGAUGGAGCGACCGGCAGCUGACGGAGGCCGGCUGCAGCGGCGGCGCCAGCUCCCAUUCAAAGUCGUUCGAUCACUCCCACUACAGGCCGUACCAGGGGGGCGGCGGGGGCGGCGGGGACAGUGGCGACGCCCUCAGCGUCACGUCCGUCAGCUCCAGCGGUUCCGACCUGGAGGAUGUGAACACCAGCUUCCUAUCGGAUUCACCGGAGGGACACGAGAGGAAGACGUCGACUCCGUCGGUGAAGCUCACCGUGUCUGCUUUGGGGAGAGAAGCUCCAGCUGCAGACACCACCUCAACGUGUCCCCCUCAGUUCUGGGAAUGCACGUCUCUGUCCUCCCUGGACACGUCGGGGAUGGGAUCCAGCUCUGGCUCGGCCUCGGGCUCCAGCAGCACCUCCUCGUCUUCGGUCUCCUCCUCCACGCCGCUGUCCGCCUCGCGCUCGCACAAACGCUCGGUGUCGGCCGUGUCCAACUACUCGACGCUGUCGCUGCCGCUCUACAACCAGCAGGUGGACGACUGCUGCAUCAUCCGGGUCUCGCUGGACGUGGAGAAUGGCAACAUGUACAAGAGCAUCCUGGUGACGAGUCAAGACAAAACUCCGGCGGUGAUCAGGAAGGCGAUGAUCAAACACAACCUGGAGCGGGAGAAAACAGAGGACUACGAGCUGAUGCAGAAGAUAUCAGAGGACAAAGAGCUCCGGAUCCCGGACAACGCCAAUGUCUUCUACGCCAUGAACUCUACUGCCAACUACGAUUUUGUGCUGAAGAAGCGCGGCUCGGCCCGGCCGGUGCGGGCCAAGAACGUGGCCAGUUCGACGCUGCCUCGCAUGAAACAGAAGGGACUGAAGAUCGCAAAAGGGAUUUUCUGAGACUCUUCAGGAGAGACGAACCGACCCGAAGCGUCCAGGUUUUGGUUUGGAUGGAGGCGGAGGCAGGACUUUUCUGUGGCACUUUAGCACUUAACUGGAUGUGUUGCUUCUUCAGGAUCCUCCUUAAAAAAAUCAGAGUUUGUUUUCAUGAAAGCUGCAAACUCAGGAAAGUGGAUGGGGG